CUCGAAAGGCGGCCCCGGCCAGGAUGGCCCCGGGCCGGGCGGUGGCUGGGCUCCUGCUGCUGGCAGCUGCGGGCAUCGGAGGGACGGCUGCGGGGCCCGGGCUCGCCUUCAGCGAGGAUGUACUGAGCUUGUUCGGCGCGAAUCGGAGCCUGUCGGCGGCGCAGCUCGCGCGCCUGCUGGAGCAGCUGGGAGCCGCCCCCGCGGAAGGUGUCACCGAGCCCGGGCAGCUGCACUUCAAUCAGUGUCUAUCAGCUCAAGAGAUCUUUUCCCUUCAUGGCUUUUCAAAUACUACCCAGAUAAGCAGCUCUAACUUCUCUGUCAUCUGUCCAGCGGUCUUACAACAACUGAACUUUCAUCCUUGUGAGGAUCGGCCCAAACACAAAACAAAACCAAAUAUUUCAGAAGUUUGGGGAUAUGGAUUCCUGUCGGUGACAAUUAUUAAUCUGGCAUCUCUCCUCGGAUUGGUUUUGACUCCAUUGAUAAAGAAAUCUUAUUUCCCUAAGAUUUUGACAUUUUUUGUGGGUCUGGCUAUUGGGACUCUAUUUUCAAAUGCUAUUUUCCAGCUUAUUCCAGAGGCAUUUGGGUUCAAUCCCAAAAGUGACAACUAUGUUGAGAAGGCAGUUGCUGUGUUUGGUGGUUUUUACCUACUUUUCUUUUUUGAAAGAGUGCUUAAGAUGUUAUUAAAGGCAUAUGGUCAGAAUGAUCAUACCCACUUUGCAAGUGAUGACUUUGGUCCUUCUCAUGAGAAAACUCAUCAACCUAAAACGUUACCUGCAAUCAAUGGUGUGACAUGUUAUGCAAAUCCGGCUGUCACAGAACCUAAUGGACACAUCCAUUUUGAUAAUGUCAGCGUGGUAUCUCUCCAGGAUGGAAAAACAGAGUCGAGUUCAUGUACCUGUUUGAAGGGACCGAAACUAUCAAAAAUAGGGACAAUUGCCUGGAUGGUAACCCUCAGUGACGCCCUCCACAAUUUCAUCGAUGGCCUGGCGAUUGGGGCUUCCUGCACCUUGUCUCUUCUUCAGGGACUCAGUACUUCUAUAGCAAUUCUGUGUGAAGAAUUUCCUCAUGAGUUAGGGGACUUUGUGAUCCUACUCAGUGCAGGAAUGAGCACUCGGCAAGCCUUGUUAUUCAAUUUCCUUUCUGCAUGUUCCUGCUAUGUUGGGCUGGCUUUUGGUAUUUUGGUGGGCAACAGUUUUGCUCCAAAUGUUAUAUUUGCCCUAGCUGGAGGCAUGUUCCUCUAUAUUUCUCUGGCAGAUAUGUUUCCAGAGAUGAACGAUAUGCUGAGAGAAAAGGUAACUGGAAGAAAAACCGAUUUUACUUACUUCAUGAUUCAGAAUGCUGGAAUGUUAACUGGAUUUACAGCCAUUCUUCUCAUUACUUUGUAUGCAGGAGAAAUUGAAUUGGAGUAAUAGGAAAUAAAAGAUGCUGUUGUCAACGAAGGCAUUUAAUAAAUAAAAACAUCUCCAAAGGGAUUUUUAAAGCUGAUCCUAUUUAGUUAAAAGAUAAUUUUGUUUUCAACUGUAGGUCAGGAAAGCUGAUUAUUGUUUUCAGAUCUGUGAAAUAGGCCAUUGUUUGUUGUUCAGGAUGCUUCAAAGGGAUUUCAGUUCCAGUCUGAAAAGGCAGGUAUACGAGAUCUUUGGUCAAUACCCACUUCUUCAUGUUUCAUGCAUUUGACAAUCAUUUAGAUAUGAAGACCCAGAGAGAACUGCAAGCUAGGUUGUAUAAGCCUUUAAACCUCCGGGGCAGGCUCAAAAGCUCAAGCGGUUUCAGAGUGGUUUUCUUUCAGUUAAUUUGUUCUAGUGCUUUCACGGGCAAGUACAUUAAAAUGUGGAAGAGAAUCGACAUGCAUGCAACACAGAUCUAAAUGAUUCCAAGGCCUUAAUGAACCCAGGAAAGAAAGGUUGCUCAUAGCUUUUGUUCUGUUUCAUAUCUCAGCUAGGGACGGGUAGGCUCGUUUUAAAAAUUAUCCUAAAAUAAUAUUAGUUAUGCAAUUGGUAAAGUUUUGUUAGCCCCACUAAGUUCAGACUUUAUCUGACAUCUCAUCUCUAUGUGGAAGCUUUCCCUGCUCCCACACAAAUGCAGAAUUGCUUUUUUUAAAGGGCUCAUUGUAAUUGCACCACAACCCAGGACAGAAAGCGUAGGUCUGGGAAUCACUCAGCUACAGCGCAUCAUGUAUUUGCAUUGUGAAGAAAAAGACUAUGUUGGUUUAUAGAAAGAAAUUGAAUGUAAGUUUAAGCAAUUUACUUUUAAAAUUCAACAUAAUUGUUUAGCAGAGGGUAUUUUAAAUAAAUGCAAAACAAUGGCUGGGCUGCUGUACGUCAAGGACUGAUGAACUAGAAAACACACAUUCCUUCUGGGCGAUUGGAAGCAAUCAUAACAUUUUUCUUUUGUGUUCAGUCCACAUUUUUCCUCUAUGGCAUACCAUGAGAAAAAGUCCCACAUACCGUGGUUAUUUUUGUACCUCUUGUAGGUGAGAGGGGUUGUUUGCUCAUUUAGCAGAUGGAGAAAGUUGGUCUGCAAUUGAACAUCCUAACCCCAAUUCACACUCCCAAGUCACUUCAGGAAAGAUGACUGACAGUGAGGAAAGUGAUUGAUAAAAGCCAACAAUGAUCUCAGGAAUUAACAUUUUCCCACAAACCAUACGACGGUAUCAGCUAGCAAUAAUGCAGAGUAGAUGAAUAUUUAACAUAUAUGUUAAUGUAGAUUUCUGUUUUUAACUGACAAUUAAAAAAAGUUUGUUUGACCAAAUAGUAAACACCUUUGAAGCCAUGCAUUGUGUCAUUUGUUAUUCAUUUUAAUAUAUAUAUUUUUUGAGUGACUUCCCUGUACCUGGUAUUGUGGGGGAGAGAGAGAAAUAGGAAACUGGUGAUGUGUUUAUUGCAAAGAUAUGCAGCAAAUAAAUACUGUAAAGAUUAAUCAGUAAACAUAGCAUCUAUUUUUAUCAUUUAAUCUGUUCAUAUUCAGUCUAAAGAAAUAAUCGUUACCUUUUUAAAGCACAGACGGUUUGGGUUAAGAAGCUAUUUACAACAUGAUAUUAAACCAGACAGUUUAACAAACUCUCA